UGGGCAGCCGCCCAUUAUUUCCGCAGUAGUGUUCAGUCAGCAUGUCGCAACAGAAGCAAAAAUCGCAAGAGUCCAAUCCGACCGCCAGGUGGCGUUUGGAAGGAUCGCACAGAUGUGCCUUGGCCUCCUUUUUCGGGGAAUUUGUUGCCACUGCAGUCUUUGUUUUCGUGGCCUGCAUGGGCUGUGUGGAGACUCCAGUGUUCCAGAACUCCCAUUUCCGAAGUGGUCUCACCUUUGGCCUGGCCAUCCUGAUAGCUAUCCAAUGUUUUGGAUCAGUUUCGGGGGCCCAUUUGAAUCCUGCCAUUACCCUGGCCGCCUGGCUUUACGGAGCAAUUGGUUGGAAAAAGGCUAUUGCAUAUUUUGUGGCCCAGGCUACCGGAGCCUUGAUUGGUUAUGGAAUCCUCGUAGCUGUUCUACCAGAAAGUUCCAUCAAAGGAGUGGAUAAUCCAGCGGGUGUUUGCGUAACAGAUCUGGCCCCGGAAAUAAGUGAACUUCAGGGAGUUUUCAUAGAGUUCCUCAUCACUUGCUGUCUGGUAAUGGUGGCCUGUUCCGUCUGGGAUCCGCGAAACGCCAAGUUCCAGGACUCAGUGCCCGUAAGAUUUGGCCUCACCGUUUCCUGUCUCAUCCUCACAGCAGGUCUCUUCACGGGAGCCAGUAUGAACCCAACCAGAUCGUUGGGUCCCGCUGUUUGGAACAAUUCUUGGGCUCAUCAUUGGAUCUACUGGGUGGGUCCUUUGGUGGCAGGAGCUGUCACCUCACUGAUCUAUAAAAUGGCGUUUAAGGGCGAUGAAGAGAUCGAUUUGAGGAGUUCCGAGGCCAAAAUACGCAUGAUCGGGGAGGUUAUAGUGCAAUAA